AUGCAGCCCCUCUGGCUCUGCUGGGCGCUCUGGGCGCUGCCCCUGGCCGGCCCCGGGGCAGCCCUGACCGAGGAGCGGGUCCUGGGCAGCCUGCUGCGGCAGCUGCGCCUCAGCGAGGCUCCCGUCCUGGACGAGGCCGAUGUGGAGAGGCUGAUCAUCCCUGCCCACGUGAGGGCCCAGUACGUGGCCCUGCUGCAGCGCAGCCACGGGGCCCGCUCCCGGGGGAAGAGGUUCAGCCAGAACUUCCGAGAGGUGGCCGGCAGGUUCCUGGUGUCCGAGGCCUCCUCGCACCUGCUGGUGUUCGACAUGGAGCAGCGGCUGCCGCCCCACAGCGAGCUGGUGCAGGCCGUGCUGCGCCUCUUCCAGGAGCCGGUCCCCAAGGCCGCGCUCCGCAGCCACGAGCGGCUCUUCCCGCGCAGCGACCGCGCCCGGGUCACCGUCCAGUGGCUGCACGUCCGCGACGACGGUUCCAACCGCACCUCCCUCAUCGACUCCAGGCUGGUGUCCAUCCACGAGAGCGGCUGGAAGGCCUUGGACGUGACGGAUGCCGUGAACUUCUGGCAGCAGCUGCGCCGGCCCCGGCAGCCGCUGCUGCUGCAGGUGUCGGUGCAGCGGGAGCACCUGGGCCCGCUGGCCUCCAGCGCCCACAGGCUGGUCCGCUUCGCCUCGCAGGGGCCGUCGGGCGCCGGGCAGCGGGAGCCCCAGCUGGAGCUGCACACCCUGGACCUCAGGGAUUACGGAGCUCAGGGAAACUGUGAUCCUAAGGCACCAGUGACCGAGGGCACCCGCUGCUGCCGCCGGGAGGUGUACAUUGACCUGCAGGGGAUGAAGUGGGCUGAGAACUGGGUCCUGGAGCCCCCAGGCUUCCUGGCCUAUGAGUGUGGGGGCACCUGCCAGCAGCCCCCAGAGCCCCUGACCUUCAAGUGGCCAUUUCUGGGGCCGAGGCAGUGCAUCGCCUCAGAGACGACCUCGCUGCCCAUGAUUGUCAGCAUCCCGGAGGGAGGCAAGCCCAGGCCCCAGGUGGUCAGCUUGCCCAACAUGAGGGUGCAGAAGUGCAGCUGUGCCUCGGAUGGGGCGCCUGUACCAAGGAAGCUGGAGCCGUAGGUGUGGGGUGCAGCCAUG